CCCCGCAUUGCUGAUGCUGCUGGCCGACAUGGACGUGGUGAAUCAGCUGGUGGCCGGGGGUCAGUUCCGGGUGGUCAAGGAGCCCCUCGGUUUUGUGAAGGUGCUGCAGUGGGUCUUUGCCAUCUUCGCCUUUGCCACAUGCGGCAGCUACAGUGGGGAGCUCUGGCUGAGUGUGGAAUGUGCCAACAAGACCGGGAGUGACCUCAGCAUCGAGGUUGAGUUCGAGUACCCCUUCAGGCUGCACCAAGUGUACUUCGACGCACCCACCUGCCAAGGGGGCACCACUAAGGUCUUCCUAGUGGGGGACUACUCCUCAUCAGCAGAAUUCUUUGUCACAGUGGCUGUGUUUGCCUUCCUCUACUCCAUGGGGGCUCUGGCCACCUACAUCUUCCUGCAGAACAAGUACCGAGAGAACAACAAAGGGCCCAUGCUGGACUUUCUGGCCACUGCAGUGUUCGCCUUCAUGUGGCUGGUUAGCUCAUCGGCAUGGGCCAAGGGGCUGUCAGAUGUGAAGAUGGCCACAGACCCAGAGAACAUUAUCAAGGGGAUGACUAUCUGCCGCCAGGCGGGGAACACAUGCAAGGAGCUGAGGGACCCUGUGACCUCUGGCCUCAACACCUCAGUGGUGUUUGGCUUCUUGAAUCUGGUGCUCUGGGUCGGCAACCUGUGGUUCGUGUUCAAGGAGACAGGCUGGGCCGCCACGUUCCUGCGCGCGCCCCCCAGCGCCCCAGAGAAGCAGCCAGCGCCCGGGGACGCCUACGGAGAGGCGGGCUACGGGCAGGGCCCCGGCGGGUACGGGCCUCAGGAUUCGUACGGGCCCCAAGGUGGCUACCAACCUGAUUACGGGCAGCCCGCCGGCGGCGGCGGUUACGGACCCCAGGCCGACUAUGGGCAGCAAGGCUACGGCCUGCAGGGUGCGCCCACCUCCUUCUCCAAUCAGAUGUAACUGGUGAGUGACUGGCGGGCGGUGCGGCCAAGGAGGGUACAAGAAAGGAGAUGGGCGGGUAAGUGGAGCAAUAACAGCCAGGAGAUGUGCACUUAGGGAGCUUGCCAGGCAAGUAAGGACGGAAGUUCGAAGACACCGAAAGAGGCGGGGCUACAGCUAAUAGAAAAACUAGCCAAUGAAUCCAAAAAACCCAGUGCCCUCGAGUCGAUUCCGACUCAUAGCGACCCUAUAAGAUAGAGUAGAACUGCCCCAUAGAGUUUUCAAGGAACGCCUGGCGGAUUUGAACUGCCAAGCCUUCAGUUAGCAGCCGUAGCGCUUAACCACUACGCCACCAGGGUUUCCAGCCAAUGACUAGAGAGCGGAAAAGUGGUGCUUGAAGAGAGGCGGAAGGAAGAGCCAAUGGGAGAAGGCAGGUCUGUGGGGAGGGGAAAGAGAAACGGGCAGAGCAACCAAUGACAAGCGGCAGGGUAGAAGAGGUGGGCCUUAGAGGUGAUUGAUGAGCCAAUAGGAGAUAAGACCUAUGGCUAUGAUAAACCGGCUUGGGUCAUUAAAUUCAGACGAGCUCACCAAUCCGGGAGGAGAUAAUGGAUCUGCCGCUACUCCCCACCCCCGGAGGUAAAUGAUUGAGGUGGUGUGGAAUUUCAAAGAAGGAAAAGGGGCGGGGCGGGAACACUAGAAAGACUGGAGGGCUACUUGCUGGGCUUUACAGGAGAAGUGAGGGGUCCCUGGAUGGCACAAGUGGUUGAAGCGCUGGACUGCUAACCAAAAGACAGUUCACACCCACACGGAGGUGCCUCAGAAAUAAGGCCUGGCAAUCUGCUUCCAACCUUGAAAACUCUAUGGAGCAGUUCUACCCUGUACUCAUGGGGUCUCCUUAAGUCGGAAUCGACGAUAACAACAAAAGAGACCUGAAGUUUCUAUAGACUAAUGUGAGGGGACAAAGUGGGAAGAAAAGGUGUUGUUUCUGGUAGGGGGAUGGCUGAUGGGGCAACACGUGGGUGGGGGUAGUUU